GGUAGCAGUCAGUGCAAUGGGAUAGAGGAGAGCGAGGAGGAGGAGGAGGAGAGUGAAUGAGAGCUGCUGGAUCUGCCUUGCCUGCGUGCCUGCCUGCCUGUCGUCUGCUGAAGCUGGGUUUACCGCCGCGCCACGCUGCACUGGCACAGAGCAGAGUCACGGCCCAUUUGCACCACCGUCCGCACACUCAGCACCAACAGGGAGCCACACAGCACUGGUUCUUACCCCACCAGCAAGGAAAACCAGGGACAGAGCUCAGCAGGCUUUCUCCAUCAUCAAGGGGGGGACGCAGCAGCUACGAAAGGGGCCUGACGCUACAAUUUAGGCACCAGCUGCUACCUCAACCAAAUCCCCCUCCACCUUAUCCCAUCCUUACCAACACCACCACCACCACUCCUCUCUUGCUCCAACCUAUGCCCUUGUCCUCGGCGGCUCCUCUCACCUCCCUGGCCAGUAUAUGGAUAGAAGCUCCCUGUUUCAGCUCAUACAAGAGCAGCUGGACCCAGACAACACCGGUUUCAUCGCAGUGGAGAACUUCACCAGCUUGGUGGAGCACCAUGAGCUGCAGCUGGACCCGUCCAAACUGGACAUGCUGUUAGCCCUGGUCCAGAGCAAUGAAGAGGGACAGGUGUGCUACCAGGAGCUCAUCGAGCUGAUGAGCAGUAAGCGCUCCAGCAGUUUCCGACGGGCUAUUGCCAAUGGCCGCCGCACGCUGCAAAGGGAGAUCCUGCUGGACGAGACGGGGCUGGGUCUGUACAAACGUUUUGUCCGCUAUGUGGCCUACGAGAUCCUGCCCUGUGAGACGGACCGUCGCUGGUACUUCCACCAGAACCGCUUGUGUCCCCCACCGGUCUUCAUCGCCAUUGUCACCAUCGUACAGAUUAUCGUGUUCAUGUGCUAUGGCAUCAUGCUAAACAAGUGGGUACUGCAGACCUAUCAGCCCGACUUCAUGAAGAGCCCACUGGUCUACCAUCCCGGUCACCGUGCACAAGUGUGGCGCUUCUUCAGCUACAUGUUCAUGCACGUUGGUUUGGAGCAGCUGGGGUUCAAUGCUUUACUGCAGCUAAUGAUUGGCGUUCCUUUGGAGAUGGUCCAUGGCAUCUUACGCAUAAGUCUGCUUUACAUGGCAGGAGUGCUGGCUGGCUCGCUGACAGUGUCCAUCACUGACAUGCGUGCUCCAGUGGUGGGGGGCUCCGGAGGGGUCUAUGCUCUGUGCUCAGCGCAUCUGGCCAACGUUGUCAUGAACUGGGCCGGGAUGCGUUGUCCAUACAAGCUGCUCCGCAUGAUCCUGGCGCUUGUUUGCAUGAGUUCGGAGGUGGGUCGUGCAGUCUGGCUCCGCUUCUCACCACCGCUGCCCUCCUCGGGGCCCCAGCCUAGCUUCAUGGCACACCUGUCAGGAGCGGUGGUCGGUAUCAGCAUGGGGCUGCUGAUUCUGCGCAGCUACGAGGAGAGUCUGCAGAAACAGUGCUCCUGGUGGGUCAUUGUCUUCUCCUUCAUCACCUUCCUCCUCUUCGCCAUCUUCUGGAACAUCUUUGCGUAUGAGCUGCUGGAGGUGGAGAUAAAGCUUCCUCCCUGAUGAAGGCCCCCGCCCCCCCCUCCCACAGGCCCUCGUCCUCCACAUACACACUGACUCCAACCACGCUCCAAACAAAGGCUCCCCUUUGACCAUAGUUAACUUUCCCAUCACCUCUCAAGUUAGACCCAAAUGAAAUGAUAUGAAAUCAUUCGAAACGAAAAUCGACCAAGAAUCCUUUUUUUACAGAUACUUUGCAAAUCAAAGAAAUAUGUCUCUUUUAUUAAAGAGGGAUUACAGUAGCAACAAGUACAGGUGAAAGUUCCUCAGAUCCAUUUUGAGGAGCAUUUUAUCUUUUUAUACGUUGAAAUCUCAUCCACAUUACCAGCACUAACCUUUGAGUGAGCAUUUAGCCGUUGGGCUCUUUAUUUCAGAGGUUUUCUGAAAAGCUUUUUUCAUCGGUCGUUCUUUGAGUGCAUCUUUCAUACGUGUGAGGAAGAAUCUGAGUUGAUGACGCGUUCUUGCGGUGAAAAGGAAUGGGAAUUAAAGGGAACAGUAGGGGUGUGCUGUGAAGUUCAGUGAUCAGCUGCAAAGAUGCCCCUUAAACUAAUAGGGUUUAUGCUUGAAGGCACUUAAGCAGAGUAGACACCUGAAUCUGAGUCCUUUGACUAUGCUGCAAAUCAGAGCUGCAGCAGCUUUAAAUGAAUAUUUAAAGAAGAAUUUCAGGAAGAACACGUUUAAUUUUCGGGACAGCAAUAAAUGAAUAAAAUACAGAAGCACCAAUGAAAUAAAAUUGCUGAUAUGAGUUUUUGAUUCCACAGCCCUGCUGUAACUCACAGGGGUCACUGUGGCGGUUUGGAUAACUGCAAGCACACAAAACAUAAAACAAUAAGAUCAUGUUCUUCAAUUUGAGCUCCAGCCUGAUUAUAAGAAAUAAUCAGAAUUAAUUUUUCCUGAGUGCAAAUUGGCUUCCCACAGAAGUUGCAGGAAGAAUGAAGGAAAAACGUUUUAAAUAUUUUAGGAAAGUUUUAUGUGGAUUCUGUCAUCUUAAAGAAAUACCUUAAUGUUCGAGGCAACACCGUCAUUUUCACUUCAUGGGGUCUUUAAAAAUUAGAAGACAUGCAUUUUUUUGUUAUUUAUGUUAUUUUCAUGACAUGAUACCUACACUGUGGAUACAGAAACAUAGUUCACACAACACAGACAAGAUGUGAAGAUGGGAAAUGAAAGCGUGACAGGAGAGGAAAAGAAAAAAAAAGAAUAGGUUGUGAGAAAAUGACAGCUUAAGUUUUGUGGAUGGUCAUCACUUAAGCGAGUGAACUCCUGUUGCUGUGUCAAACUAACCACCGACUUGCUAGGCGCACCGUGUAAAAUAUGCCAUGUCAUGCUCUGUGGCUCUCAGCGAGACAAGGACACACACACACACACACACACACACUUCUCCUCUUUGUCUGUGAGAGCAGCCGCUGCCUGAUUCUGUAGGUGGACAAACAGAAGAGGAAUACACUUACAUGUACACACACAUACUCACACACACACUCACACACAUAUUGGCCUCUGCCUGUUCUCGCUCUGACAGACUGAACUGGGGAGGGCACGGAUGUGUCAUCAUCUGACCUCUGACCUUCGUGUCCCAGAGGGCAUUGGGGUCUCUCUGUCGGGCCCAGUCUAUACCUCAGUUUCUCAUUCUUAGGGACUGUAUACUUUUGUAAAGGAAUGUACCUAUAAAGAAAAAAAACAGUGUUAUUAAGUUGUCCCCAUUUUUCAUUUGAUAGUGGAUGUGUAUAUUGUAUGUUCAUAACCAAGAGUAUAUUUAUUUGUAUUUUUUUUCCUCUUUGAGGGGGAAAAGAGAAAAGUUUCAAAUGGUGCAACAUAAAUGCUAUGAUUGUUGUUCUUCUGAUAACUCCUGUAUGGCUUUGAAAAAUAGUCUUUGAGGCAGAAUCCCCUGGUUUGUUAGAUGACCACGACGACUCAAGCUCACUUGAUUUUAUAAAUCUUCAGUGCUUUACAAAAUAAGCCAUAGAAAGAACUAAUUUGAGAGGGUAAAAGAAGAGGAAAAAAAGAAGUUUGUUGGUUUGAAACCUGCUGGUUGGUAGCUUCAGUGAAACUUAUUUUUGUCUGUGUGAACUUAAUUUCUUCAUUGUGAAUAUUCAACAGGUGAGGUGAAAGAAGACAAACUGUGUGACAACAGUACAAGCCUGUGAAACUCUGCUGGACUGUUUGAGGUAUUUUCAUGUAGCGAGACACAUUUUCAGAACUUGUUUCGCCAGCUUGUUUAUAGUCAGUGCAGCUUAAUUUUUUUCAAGUGCCCGCGUCUCCAAACUCUCCCCUGCAGCGCUGCCGACACCUCGCUGCAGCUCUUCUUUUUGCAAAAUAACAAAUUAUGGACAGAGCUUCUGUCAUACAUAAUCUCCGGAGUGAUUCAAGCUUUUUUGGAAAGCUGAAGCGAGGAUAGCAAUUACAUUUACUCAUGCCACGUUCCAUUUUUCAGUCUUUCAAUCAAUAAUUCAUUUGAAUGUCCACUGGCUGCCUGGGGAAAAAAUGUUAUGCAUUUGCCAGUUUUGAUAGUUGGCCAUAAAUGCAGUCCUCAGCAUUUGCUUCCACAUGAAACUGUCAGUACUAACAGAAGACUCAGUGUUAAAUGAGGAAAUCUGUAUGAUAUAGCCAAAACAAGCCAUUUUCAGAUGCAUUUAAAAAAAGAAAACAUCAGCCAGUAUAUGGUAAUAAUACAUCCUUGAUGGAAACUUAUGUAUACUAGGGAAUAUUAUUGCUUGGGAUAGCAAAGAUACAUGGAUGAAUAAUGCAUACAUAUCCUGUUAGCCUAUAAUGAAGAUAAAGAGUAUGCCUGAGAGGAGGUUAAUGUGCCUCUUUAACUGAAGAUUCAUAGGAACCCAAAAGGGUUGUAAAAAGGGCUAGUAAAUGGCUAUGUUUUCGUUGAACACAUUAACUGUGAAUAUUACCCCUUCUGGAAGUACAUGCAGGACUAAAAUCGAAGGCUUGUGAAUUCUAGUUGCCCCUUAAAAGAUACUCUACACGUGACAUGUCCAGUGUUUCAUUUAAUUAAAGGUCCAGUGUGUAGGAUUUUGUGGGAAAUUUUGGCAGUAUAAUAUGAUAAGUGUGUUUUCUUUAGCGUAUAAUCACCUAAAAAAAAAAACAUUGUGUUUUCGUUACUUUAGAAUGAACCAUUUUUUCCUACAUACGGAGCAGAUCCUCUUCCAUGGUGUUCGCCAUGCUGCACCAUCAUGUUUAUACCAUGGCCCAGAACGGACAAACUAAAUGCUGGCUAUAGUUAGGGCCACUUGCAUUUUCGCGUCAUAGUUAGC